AUGGAUCUAAGAAAAUUGAAGCAAUCAUUCUUACAGUUGCAAGCAGAGUUGCAUCCUGAUAAGUUUAUUAAGAAAUCUCAGAAAGAAAAGGAUUAUUCGGCUCAACAAUCUGCUUUGAUUAAUGAAGCCUACGAAACAUUAACUCAUCCGUUAAGCCGCGGUAUUUACAUGCUAGAACUCGAAGGUAUUAGUUUAGAAGAAAGGGACGUAACUGCUGAUGUAGGAUUCUUAUCAGUGAUAUUAGAUCUCAAUGAAAGGGUAUUAAAUUGUGAGGAUGUAAAACUAUUGGACGAGAUCGAAGAUGAAGUACAAGAUAAUUUAUUAGCUGCUCGUGAUGCUAUGGUGAAAAUGAGAUAUUUUUUCAAUAUUGUAGAAUCACUUAAAGAGAAGCGACUAUCAUUGCCCGCUAAUUCUUCAUGA